ACAAGCGCCAAACGAUGAACGAACCAGAUGAAGUCAUAGUGUCGGAGAGGCGACGUAUUGCCAAACCAGCUGCAUUCGUUCUAGUCAGCGUAAUGUUUAAGCGCUACAGCACCGCUGCAAUUCUCUCAAUUCUUACACUGUUCCUUAAUUUAAAACUUGGCUACGACAAAGAUGUAUCGACAACCGUGUAUCACUCGUACGCAUUUGUAGCGUCUUGUUUCGCUAUAGUUGGCGCUAUCAUUGCUGAUAGUCGGUUCGGAAUGUACAAGACAAUAGUUGUAGUUUCGGUGGUAUUUGCAGUUGGUUCAUUAAUAAUUGCUAUCGGUGUCAUUGAUGCACUUCAUCUUCCAAUACACGUUUUAAGUGUCAUUGGGUUGCUGAUAAUGGCUAUUGGUGACGGAUGCCUUAAGCCAUUGAAUCGCACAUACGGUGCAUGCCAAUAUCACCCGAACGAGGCGAAAAGUGUUGCACUUUUCUUUGUAUUAUACUACUUUGUCUACAACAUUGGCAGCAUAAUUUCCCGUCUAGUCAGUCCGAUUCUGCGUGAAGACGUGCAAUGCUUCGGUAACGAUGACUGUUUCACAGCAGCUUUCGGCAUUUCCGGAAUAUGUAUGAUCCUGGUGGCGCUGCUGACUGUCAUCGCACACAGAUAUUCUGAGACUACGCAGGCUGAUGGAUCCAGUCUGUUAAAUGUUUUCGCUUGUAUUUGGCACGCGAUCUCCAAAAAGAUCCGCUCGAAAAUGUCCCACAGCAUUCCGGCGAAAGACCAUUGGCUGGACUAUUCCGAAGCGAAAUAUGGAAAGAUUUUAGUGUGGGAGACACGAGUCAUUCUACGCGUACUGGUUCUCUACCUUCCAAUUACUCUGUUCUGGGCGUUAUUUUACCAGCAAGGAUCACGGUGGGUGUUCCAAGCGGUACGAAUGAAUGGUGACAUUGGAUUUUACACUAUCAUACCGGACCAAUUUAACGUUAUCAAUCCGCUGUUGGUGUUGCUGCUGAUACCGGUGUUCGAAAACGUUCUGAAUCCGAUGCUAGCGAAAGUACGAAUUAUCGGCGAUUUGCAAAAGGCGACACUGGGUGGUGUAUUGGGAGGAAUAGCGUUUCUAGUUUCUGCAGUCAUUGAGUUUGAAUUGGAAAAUGGAAAAUAUUUGCACAUGGGCUGGUUACUACCGCAAUACACUUUGAUGGCGAUGGGUGAAAUCUUGGUUACCGUACCAAUUUUCAAUUUCUCUUAUACCAUUGCACCGAACAGCAUGAAAACAGUGUUGCAAGCGUUCAAUAAUUUGUCAAUGGGUUUAGGGAAUCUAAUUGUCGUGAUUGUCGUUGGAUCGAAAUUGUUGAAUUCGCAAAUUUAUGAAUUCAUUCUGUUCGCGGGACUGAUGUUCGUCGAUAUGAUACUGUUUGCAUAUUUGGCGAAAAAGUACAAACCUUUAAAGGAAAAUGCUGACGAGCGAGUUGAAUUGAUUAAGUAAACAAAUUGAGUGCAGAACCACCACUUACGGUUCAUAUAACUGCAAUCACUAAAUUAUGAAUUACCUGAUUCGCUAAAGAAUAUCAAAUAAAUCGCUUUGCAUUCG